UAGGAACACAUCAAACUCAAGUUUUCUGUCGCUUUAGUAAUUCAGCGGACAGAGUGAAAGAGAAGAAGAAAAUAGGAAAAAUAAAGAACAGGUUUACGGGCAGCCCCUUUUUGAUUUAUGGGUUUGGUUCCGUUCCUUUCUUUAUCGUUGAAAAUGGCCGCCGCCAACAGCUGCAAGAUUCUUGGCUUUGAUUCUUCUCUAUGCUCUACACGCAGUGCCCACAUUAAAACCAAGCCCCCACCUUCUUCUAAUCCCUGUUCUCAGUUGUUCAGAGCUAAUCUUGAUUCCAGCUCUAAAUCCUUUACACUCCCCAGGUUGCGGAUUUCUCACCGAAGAAAUAAGGCGCUGGAGCAAUGUUAUAGGGUGCCAAGGAUUUCGUCUUUGUUGGAAGACAGUUAUGAAGAAUACCAAGAAACAGAGCAGUCUGUUUCAAAGAAUUCCCAACAGGAAGCUGCAAUUGAUCUGAAGCUCCCAAGAAGAAGUCUGUUAGUGACGUUUACAUGUGGUGCUUGUGGUGUAAGAUCACAAAGGUUGAUAAAUAGGUUAGCUUAUGAACGUGGCCUAGUUUAUGUACAGUGUUCAGGAUGCUCUAAGUAUCACAAGCUAGUUGACAAUCUUGGACUUGUGAUUGAGUACAACUUCCAGGAGGAAAUUGAUUUGGAUGCAAGUACAGAUCAAGUCUAGAGAGAGCUUCUAUUUGAUUUGCAUUCAAUUCAUUCAAACAAAAAUAUUUUUGUAGGACGACGGCAAAUAAAACAAUUUUAUAUAUUUAUGUAGUGAUAAUACAAUAUUUCAGCAAAAAGAAUGAAUAUCAUAUGGUUAAAA